GCCGCGGAGCUCGCGGCUGCUUCCCACCCGCCCCGGAAGCCGGCCAGUGCUGCAGGGACUCGGGGGGGUGUGGGAACCGGGCCGGGGCUCCGCCAUUUCCGGCGGGGGAGGGCUACGACUGAGGAAGGGAGGAGAGAGAGGCGGCUCAAGAUGGCGGCUCCCAGGGCCUCCCGCCCGAGCUCGUAAGCGGGGGCGCCUGGGCGAGCAGUCAGGGCGGCGGGACGCGCCGGCCUCCGGCUCCUCUGGCUGAGGCGCUCGGCGGCCCCGGGAGGGUCCCGAGCUGACGGGGUGAGCGGGAAGGAGGGAGCGAGCCGAGGGGAAGGAGGGUAGUUAAGAUGGCGGCCUCCAUGGAGCUCUCCACGGCGGCGUAGGGCGCUGCUUCUCCGUGAGGACCGCCCUGGUCGAAAGGGGGUGUGUGUGUGUGUGUGUCUGUCUGUCUGUCUGUCUGUGUGUGUCUGUGUGGGGGAAGAACCGGGGGCUUCCUUCCCGCCGGUGGCUUUCUCCCCCUGCACCCUUCCUCGGAACUAUGGCUUCGGCCGUGUCGCCCGCCAACUCGCCAGCGGUGCUGCUGCAGCCGCGCUGGAAGCGAGUGGUGGGCUGGUCGGGUCCCGUGCCCCGACCCCGCCACGGCCACCGAGCCGUGGCCAUCAAGGAGCUCAUCGUGGUGUUCGGCGGCGGCAACGAGGGGAUCGUGGACGAGCUGCACGUGUACAACACGGCGACCAACCAGUGGUUCAUCCCAGCCGUGAGGGGGGACAUCCCCCCGGGCUGUGCCGCCUACGGCUUUGUGUGCGACGGCACUCGCCUGCUGGUGUUCGGCGGCAUGGUGGAGUACGGGAAGUACAGCAACGACCUCUACGAGCUCCAGGCGAGUCGGUGGGAGUGGAAGAGACUGAAGGCAAAGACGCCCAAAAAUGGGCCGCCUCCGUGCCCUCGCCUCGGGCACAGCUUCUCCCUGGUGGGCAACAAAUGCUACCUGUUUGGGGGUCUGGCCAACGACAGCGAGGACCCCAAGAACAACAUUCCGAGGUACCUGAAUGACUUGUAUAUCCUGGAAUUGCGGCCUGGCUCUGGGGUGGUGGCCUGGGACAUCCCCAUCACGUACGGGGUCCUGCCGCCACCCCGGGAGUCCCACACUGCUGUGGUGUACACUGAGAAGGACAACAAGAAGUCCAAGCUGGUCAUCUACGGAGGCAUGAGCGGCUGUCGGCUGGGGGACCUGUGGACCUUGGACAUCGAGACUCUGACAUGGAACAAGCCCAGUCUCAGUGGGGUGGCGCCUCUCCCCCGCAGUCUCCACUCAGCCACGACGAUCGGAAACAAAAUGUACGUCUUUGGUGGCUGGGUGCCUCUCGUCAUGGAUGACGUCAAAGUGGCCACACAUGAGAAGGAGUGGAAGUGUACCAACACACUGGCUUGCCUCAACCUGGAUACCAUGGCCUGGGAAACCAUCCUGAUGGACACGCUGGAGGACAACAUCCCCCGGGCCCGCGCCGGCCACUGUGCUGUCGCCAUCAACACCCGCCUGUACAUCUGGAGUGGGCGUGAUGGCUACCGCAAGGCCUGGAACAACCAAGUCUGCUGCAAGGACCUCUGGUAUCUGGAGACAGAAAAGCCCCCACCCCCGGCCCGGGUGCAGCUGGUGCGUGCCAACACCAACUCCCUGGAGGUGAGCUGGGGGGCAGUGGCCACGGCCGACAGUUACCUUCUACAGCUCCAGAAAUAUGACAUUCCCGCCACGGCUGCUACUGCCACGUCCCCCACUCCCACCCCAGUCCCGUCUGUGCCUGCCAACCCUCCUAAGAGCCCCGCCCCAGCGGCUGCCGCACCUGCCGUGCAGCCCCUGACGCAGGUAGGCAUCACGCUCCUGCCCCAGGCGGCCGCCUCUGCCGCCGCCACCGCGGCGCCUCCCACUACCACCCCCAUACAGGUCUUGCCGUCAGUGCCUGGCAGCUCCAUUUCCGUGCCCGCUGCCGCCAGGACCCAAGGUGUCCCUGCCGUUCUCAAAGUGACUGGCCCUCAGGCCACAGCAGGAACCCCGUUGGUCACCAUGCGGCCUGCCAGUCAGGCUGGGAAAGCCCCCGUGACGGUGACCUCCCUCCCUGCAGGCGUGCGCAUGGUCGUGCCUACACAGAGCGCCCAGGGGACGGUGAUUGGCAGCAAUCCCCAGAUGAGUGGCAUGGCGGCCCUAGCUGCCGCGGCGGCGGCCACCCAAAAAAUCCCGCCCUCCUCGGCGCCCACAGUGCUGAGUGUCCCAGCCGGCACCACCAUCGUCAAAACUGUGGCCGUGACCCCGGGCACCACCACGCUCCCAGCCACAGUGAAGGUGGCCUCCUCGCCGGUCAUGGUGAGCAACCCUGCUACGCGCAUGCUCAAGACUGCAGCUGCCCAGGUGGGGACGUCUGUCUCUUCUGCUGCUAACACAUCCACACGCCCCAUCAUCACGGUGCACAAGUCAGGGACUGUGACGGUGGCCCAGCAAGCCCAGGUGGUGACCACGGUGGUGGGUGGUGUCACCAAGACCAUCACCCUGGUGAAGAGCCCCAUUUCUGUCCCGGGUGGCAGUGCCCUGAUUUCUAAUCUGGGCAAGGUGAUGUCCGUGGUCCAGACCAAACCAGUUCAGACCUCGGCUGUCACUGGCCAGGCGUCCACAGGCCCAGUGACCCAGAUCAUCCAGACCAAAGGGCCCCUUCCUGCUGGGACCAUCCUGAAACUGGUGACCUCUGCGGAUGGCAAGCCCACCACCAUCAUCACCACCACGCAGGCCAGUGGGGCUGGCACCAAGCCCACCAUUCUGGGCAUCAGCAGCGUGUCCCCCAGCACCACCAAGCCCGGCACAACCACCAUCAUCAAAACCAUCCCCAUGUCAGCCAUCAUCACGCAGGCUGGCGCCACUGGUGUGACGAGUAGUCCUGGCAUCAAGUCCCCCAUCACCAUCAUCACCACCAAGGUGAUGACUUCUGGGACUGGCGCACCUGCUAAAAUCAUCACAGCUGUCCCCAAGAUCGCCACUGGCCAUGGACAGCAAGGAGUGACCCAGGUGGUGCUCAAGGGGGCCCCGGGACAGCCCGGCACCAUCCUCCGCACCGUGCCCAUGGGGGGCGUCCGCCUGGUUACGCCCGUCACCGUCUCUGCUGUCAAGCCGGCUGUCACUACACUGGUUGUGAAGGGCACUACAGGUGUCACGACCCUUGGCACGGUAACAGGCACAGUGUCCACAAGUCUGGCUGGAGCUGGGGGCCACAGUACCAGUGCCUCCCUGGCCACCCCCAUCACGACCUUGGGCACCAUAGCCACCCUGUCCAGCCAGGUCAUCAACCCCGCUGCCAUCACCGUGUCUGCCGCACAGACCACACUGACAGCGGCCAGCGGGCUCACCACGCCCACCAUCACCAUGCAGCCCGUCUCCCAGCCCACGCAAGUGACUCUGAUCACCGCGCCCAGUGGGGUCGAAGCCCAGCCUGUGCAUGACCUCCCCGUGUCCAUCCUGGCCUCACCGACGACCGAGCAGCCCACGGCCACGGUCACUAUCGCCGACUCGGGCCAGGGAGAUGUGCAGCCUGGCACCGUAACGCUGGUGUGCUCCAAUCCGCCCUGCGAGACACACGAGACGGGCACCACCAACACCGCCACCACCACCGUUGUGGCAAACCUGGGGGGACACCCCCAGCCCCCCCAAGUGCAGUUCGUCUGUGAUAGACAGGAGGCAGCUGCCUCUCUGGUGACCUCAACAGUGAGCCAACAGAAUGGCAGCGUGGUGCGUGUCUGCUCCAACCCGCCCUGCGAGACCCAUGAGACGGGCACCACCCACACGGCCACCACCGCCACCUCCAACAUGGCUGGGCAACACGGCUGCUCCAACCCGCCCUGCGAGACCCACGAGACGGGCACCACCAGCACGGCCACCACCGCCAUGUCCAGCAUGGGUGCUGGGCAGCCGCCGGCCGGCCGGCAAACCUGUGAAGUCAGCCCUGCUUCCACGGUGGCCCGUGUCGGUCCAGCCGGUGGGGUGCCCCGAGCUGCCCAGGCUUCUGUCAAGCCUUUGUGCCAAACCCGCCAGACCAGCGCCACAAGCACCACCAUGACUGUGAUGGCACCUGGGGCCCAGCUGCUCGGGCCGACCCCGACCCUGGAAGCUGCUGGGCAGGUUCGGCCCGGUGGCCUGACGGCAGGCCUCAGCCAACUGGUGUCCACAGGAUGCCCCGUGGAGGUGCGCCGCACCCACGCCGCCAGCACCCCUAGCAGUGCCCGCGCCAGCCCCAUGCCUGCCUUCGGAGCCACGCCCGGCGCCGCAGUGACUGUCGCAGCCCUGGAGGCGCUACUGUUCCCUUCGGCCGCCGUAACUCAAGUCUGCUCCAACCCGCCGUGUGAGACCCACGAGACGGGCACCACCAACACUGCCACUACCUCGAAUGCAGGCAGCGCCCAGCGGGUCUGCUCCAACCCGCCCUGCGAGACCCACGAGACGGGCACCACCCACACGCCCACCACCGCCACCUCCAGUGGGGCAGGCCAGCCGGAGGGCGGGCAGCAGCCGGCCACCAGCCGUCCCUGUGAGACGCACCAGACCACUUCCACUGGCACCACCAUGUCGGUCAGCGUUGGCACCCUGCUCCCCGCUGACACCACCGCUGCCCACAGGACCCUGGAGUCCGGCUUGGAGGCGGCGGCCCCUGCCACCACCUCCCAGGGCAGCACCUCAUCGAUGCUGGUUUCUUUCCCCACUCAGCGGGUCUGCUCCAACCCCCCCUGUGAGACGCACGAGACGGGCACCACGCACACAGCCACCACUGUCACCUCCAACAUGAGCUCCAACCAAGAUCCUCCACCAGCAGCCAGCGAUCAGGGAGACUCCGAGAGCGCCCCGGGUGACAGCGUAAGCGUCACCAGCUCCGGUGCCAUCCCGGCAAGUGUGCCCUCCACACUGACAAGAGCUGUGACGACCGUGACACAGUCCACACCAGUCCCAGGCCCCUCUGUGCCGAAGAUCUCAUCAAUGCUUGAGGCUGCCCUGGGGGCUCUGAGUACUGAGGUCCCUAUUCUGGCCACAAUAACGGUGACCGGAGCCAACACAGAAACUUCUGACACACAUACCUUCUCUGCCGUUGACACCCCGCAGCCCCCGGAGGAGCUCCAGCCCUCACCAGGGCCUCGCCAGCCACUGCCCCCACGGCAACUCCUGCAGCCCACCGCCACGGCCCUGAUGGGGGACUCUGCCGAAGUCCUGUCAGCGCCCCCAGCCCCUGAGCUCCAGGCCGCUGUGGAUCUCAGCAGUGCAGGGGACCCAUCUUCAGGCCAGGAGCCCACCAGCUCUGCGGUGGUCGCCACUGUGGUGGUCCAGCCGCCCCCACCCACACAGUCCGAGGUGGAGCAGUUGUCUCUGCCCCAGGAGCUGAUGGCCGACGCGCAGGCAGGCACCACUACCCUCAUGGUGACGGGGCUCACUCCUGAGGAGCUGGCGGUCACCGCUGCCGCCGAAGCGGCUGCCCAGGCUGCAGCCACCGAGGAAGCUCAGGCCCUGGCCAUCCAGGCGGUGCUUCAGGCUGCGCAGCAAGCCGUCAUGGCAGGCACCGGGGAGCCCAUGGACACCUCCGAGGCGGCAGCGGCGGUGACGCAGGCCGAGCUGGGACACCUGGCGGCGGAGGGCCAGGAGGGCCAGGCCACCACCAUCCCCAUCGUGCUGACGCAGCAGGAGCUGGCGGCGUUGGUGCAGCAGCAGCAGCAGCUGCAGGAGGCCCAGGCCCAGCAGCACCACCACCUCCCCACCGAGGCCCUGGCCCCGGCCGACAGCCUGAACGACCCGGCCAUUGAGAGCAACUGCCUCAGUGAGCUGGCGGGGGCUGUCCCGAGCACCGUGGCCCUGCUGCCCCCCACAGCCACUGAGAGCCUGGCUCCGUCCAAUACGUUUGUGGCCCCCCAGCCGGUGGUGGUGGCCAGCCCGGCAAAGCUGCAGGCCGCAGCCACCCUGACUGAAGUGGCCAAUGGCAUUGAGUCCCUGGGUGUGAAGCCAGACUUGCCACCCCCACCCAGCAAGGCCCCGGUGAAGAAGGAGAACCAGUGGUUCGAUGUGGGCGUCAUCAAGGGCACCAACGUGAUGGUGACACACUAUUUCUUGCCUCCUGAUGAUGCUGUUCCCUCUGAAGAUGACUCGGGCGUGAUACCGGAUUACACCCAGCUGAAGAAGCAGGAGCUGCAGCCCGGCACUGCUUACAAGUUCCGCGUGGCCGGCAUCAAUGCCUGUGGCCGGGGGCCCUUCAGCGAGAUCUCUGCCUUCAAAACGUGUCUGCCCGGUUUCCCAGGGGCCCCUUGUGCCAUUAAAAUCAGCAAAAGCCCGGACGGUGCUCACCUCACCUGGGAGCCACCCUCUGUGACCUCAGGCAAGAUCAUCGAGUACUCGGUGUACCUGGCCAUCCAGAGCUCGCAGGCCGGCGGGGAGCCCAAAAGCUCCACUCCCACGCAGCUGGCCUUCAUGCGUGUGUACUGUGGGCCCAGCCCGUCCUGCCUCGUGCAAUCCUCCAGCCUCUCCAAUGCCCACAUUGACUACACCACCAAGCCCGCCAUCAUCUUCCGCAUUGCCGCUCGCAACGAGAAGGGCUACGGCCCCGCCACCCAAGUGAGGUGGCUGCAAGAAACCAGUAAAGAUAGCUCUGGCGCCAAGCCGGCCAGCAAGCGGCCCAUGUCCUCUCCGGAAAUGAAAUCUGCUCCAAAGAAGUCCAAGGCAGACGGUCAGUGAGCGACCGGCAGCUGCGGCCCCCAACUCGCCCUCAACCCCUUUCUGCUUCAGGAACACCACCCCACCCGCCCGGCGCUCACACCUCCCUUCAUGAGCCACUGGCUGCUAUUCAUCCUCCCUGUCUCGCUGUUUUUAAACUUCUCGGAAGAAAGCACAUCACCUCCUGUGGCUGCUGGGAGGAGGCGGCAGGUGCGCCGGGAAGAGCGGCGGCGGCAGGUGGUGAGGGCGGCGCUUCCCUACACCGCCCUGGCCGGGUGCCUUCCGCAGACCGGAGCAAGCAGACCUCGAGAAAGACGAGCAGGAAGUCCCAUGCAGAGACAGGACGAAAGAGGCAUUUCUAUUCAGCUGGGCGUCACCCUUGGCCUGACUGGAACCGCAGGCUGGGUGGGGUGGGCGCAGGAGCAAGGAGGGGGGCCUGUGCUGGGGCCCCUCUGCUCCUGGACUUCUCUGUUCCCUUGGCAUUUCUGGCUCACCCCCACCCCAGCUCUGCCCGUGCUCCCCUUUCUCAGAGGCCUUCGUACUACACCCCUCUCCCCAUCCCUCUUUCCCAUUUCAGUACGUGAGAAGAAAGGAAAGGAAGGGGGAGGGAGGAGCCCCACGGUGGCCUGAGCAGUGUUCUGUGAACCCCCUGACGCCCGACGGGCCGAGAGCAGCCCCUAGUUGGGGCCGGGGGGCAAAGCGCCAACUGCUGCAAUUGUAUUUUUUUAAGUUGAAACUGAUGGAGUUACCAUUUUUAUUGUAAUUUUAGCCUUAGUGUGUGGGGUUUUGUCCCUUUUCUGUUGUUAGUUGUGUACAGACUGUGUAUCUUUUUUUUUUUUUUUUUUCCCCUUGGCUAAGCCUUGGCAGGGAUCUUUCUGGAGGUGGCCAGAGCAGGAGAGGUGUGUGGCCUGCUGUUACCUCGGGCCCUGGGCCCGCCGACCCCCCCCCCCCCCCCCCGCCUCCAAGGCGGAAGGUAGUGAGCCCUGGGAACCUCGCUUGGGGGUCUGGGGAAGCCACAGCAGGAAGGUGGCGGGCCAGGCUGCGCAUACUCCUUGCUGGACCCAAGGGAGUCAGGUUGUCAAAACACCCAGCUGGGCUGUGCAGUUGACAUAAAGAUGUGGGGUGACGCUGGGUGGGGGGUUACAGAGAGGGCCUUGCAGUUUCUGGGCGCAGCACAGGAGGGCCGCCUGGGGCUCCACCACCCCCCCCCCCCACACACACACACACACACACACACACUUGCAGUCCCACCCGCCCCCUUCUGCCCCAGGACUCAGCUGUGGCCGCACUCCCCUGGCCUCCGCUAGCUCGCCCCAGUCUGCCCCGUGGGCCUCUGGUCUGUUGUAUUAUAGUAGAUUUCGCUGUGGAAGAUGUCACGUUUAGUCACCUUGGAGCCCACUCGCCUGGUCCCGUCGUCUCCCGUUCCUCUCCUGAGCGCCCUUCGAGUUCUCGUUUCGGAGAAGAGUCCGCCUGUUCAUCUACCGUAGACUAACCCCGUGACUCAAUAUUACCAUAGUGCGAUGUCGUUUUGUGCUAUUUUGAACAAUUAAAAAGGACUUUUUUGGAAA